AUUUUGUCCUCCUUUCUUCAAUUCCAGGUACCCUUCCCUUCCAAAACCUACCCAAUCACCCCAUACACUUUUUUUUUUCCUUUUUAAUUUGUAUUUCUAUAGAUAAACGUUGGUAUCAUCGUCUUCUUUAAUUAAUUGAAUUUCUCGGUGGUGGAGUUGACAGAGGAUGAACGGUGGAGAUUCGAAUUCGAUGGAGAACGAACGAGCGUGUUCUGGAAAGCAAGGGAAAGGGAAAAGGCUGUGGAAGAAGGUCAAGUACCAGCUGGUGGAAUACCACUCCUUGCCUGGUUAUUUGAGAGACAACGAGUAUAUUCUUGGUCACUAUCGAUCUGAAUGGCCCAUGAAGCAGGUGCUGUUGAGCAUUUUCACGAUUCACAACGAGACCCUCAACGUUUGGACGUAAGCAUUCUUAUAUCUCAUUCCAUGUUUUAUUCACUGCUUCACUCUAUACCGUUCCAACUUUUGUUGUCUUUCGUUUUAGGAUUUCAGGUUUCUAACUCAAUUCUAAGCAUUUCUGAUUUCUUUUGUAUGCGCUGUUUGUAAUUUUUAUGUUGGCUAGAUACAUGUACCUGAAAUCAUUGUUACUCUAGUAUUUUGGGUCUUUAUAUAUUUUUUCCUUUAUUGUUUCAAAUAUUAGAAGACCACGCCCUUGUGUAUUUGUGAAUUGUGAUCAAUGAAGAAAGGAACUAUGACUGUAUGAGUGUAUAGGUUGUUACAUUUUGAUUGUUCUAUUAGUGAAUUAUCUCUCAAUUGUUGGAGUUAAAUAUACGUGUAUUUUGUAAGUGUAUAUUUCAAAGAAACAUGCUUUUUAUUUAGUUUCUAUUUUUCAUUCUCAAUCUUAAAAUGAAACAAUGCUAUUUCUCUUUUAGGCAUUUGAUCGGGUUCUUCAUAUUUCUGGCAUUGACCAUAUACACUGCCAUGAAAGUUCCGAAGGUUGUAGAUCUUAAUUCGCUUCAACAUUUUCCUGACAUGCUCAAGAAGCCUGACCUGCACAGAUUACAAUCAGAACUUUUGACGUGCCUCCCUUCCAUGCUUGAUUUGCACAAACUCAGGGAGGAAAUCUCAAGCUGGCAUAUUAAGGAACUUCUGUAUAAUUGUUUGCCUGAAAGAUUCUCCAGUAGCAAUCAUACUAAUGUUUGUGUUCUGAUAAAUUCUCUUUUAAAGGUCUCCACAAUACUGAUUAAUAACCAAUGUGCCAGAGUACAAAUUUUAACGAUAUGGUUAAGGAAAUUUUAAAAAAUAAAAAUCCGAAAUUCUAGAUUUAGAUUUGUCCGAGGAAAAAUAGUGAAUGAUGGAUUAAAGAUGUUAACUUGUCAAUAACUUCCAGCUGUGAUCAUUCUUUCAGAAUUAAAUAUGUCAUGUGUUUCUCUAUAGAGAAGUUUUGCUGCACCUUUUGUUUUGUUUUUUCCCCAUCUAUUUAUAUUGAUAAUUGACUAGGUUAUGGGAGCCAAUGCCACUUUGCUUAUUUUUUUAGUUGAUUAUGUGCAGCAUAGUGUAAAAGAGGACCUGGCGAACAUAAUAGCACCACUUAUGAUUAGACCAAUUACAAGGUGGCCAUUUUUUGCUUUUUUGGGGGGUGCCAUGUUUUGCUUGCUUGCUAGCAGCAUUUGCCAUCUCCUCUCUUGUCACUCUGAGCGCAUAGCAUACAUCAUGCUCAGGCUUGACUACGCUGGAAUUGCAGCUCUGAUAUCUACCUCUUUCUAUCCUCCAGUGUAUUACUCUUUCAUGUGUUAUCCAUUUUUCUGCAACCUUUACUUGGGAUUUAUCACAGUAUUGGGUAUUGCCACCAUUUUGGUUUCUCUCCUUCCAGUAUUCCAAAAUCCAGAAUUCCGCACCAUCCGCGCAUCUCUCUUCUUUGGAAUGGGUUUGUCUGGUGCUGGACCAAUUCUGCACAAGCUUUAUUUAUUCUGGGGCGAACCUGAGGUGUUUCACACAACCGGUUAUGAGAUUUUGAUGGGUGCUCUAUAUGGAAUUGGAGCACUGGUUUAUGCCACUAGGAUUCCGGAACGAUGGAUGCCUGGGAAAUUUGACAUUGCGGGACACAGUCACCAAUUGUUUCAUAUAUUGGUGGUGGCUGGGGCAUACGCUCAUUACCGAGCAGGAUUAGUUUAUCUCAGGUGGCGUGACCUUCGAGGUUGUUGAUUUCAUUAGCUACUAUCGGAUCAGUGGUUGAAUACAUGGCUGUUGUAUAACUGGUAAGUAUGUGCUGAUAUACUUCUCUAACUGAUUUGAAUUUGUGAUUCCAGUAGAUGAUGUUCAUGCAACCAUAGGAGGCAUUAUGUACACACUUAGAAUCGCCAGCAAGUUAGCAAUAAAAAAUUCAUUGCCUAUUGUGACAUAAUAAUACAAGCAACUCUUUAUAUUUGUGUGGGCGCACAUGCAUUUUGUUGUGCAAGUUGAAGUAAACGCUGAAAUUAUUUUUCGAUUG